AUCCCUCACCCGGCACCUGCGUCCACUCUCUAGCGUCCCAAGUGAGUGGAGGGGGGAUCCCGACUCCAGUCCGGGGCCUUGGCCAGCGGAGCCGCGCCGUUCGGAAGCGGGAAUCCCACUCAGAGCCCGGGCCUGUAGGGGCGGGGCGUCCCGGGCACCCGGGAUUGGGGCGUCUCCCGUCGUGCACCGGGGCACCGGCGACUCACCCGGAAGGAGAAGCCGUGAUCUGGCUAUAUGGUGGGGCGCGGGCGGUGUCGCUGUGGGGAGCUGGUGCUGUUCUCAGGAGCCGGCGUGGAUCAUUUGUUGGCAGUACGUAUUGGCUGAAGUCAGUUUUCAUUUCAAGAUGUUUCCUUCCAAUGGGCUUUUGGUGUAGGAUGUCGGAGAACCAAGAACAGGAGGAGGUGAUUACAGUGCGUGUUCAGGACCCCCGAGUGCAGAAUGAGGGCUCCUGGAACUCUUAUGUGGAUUAUAAGAUAUUCCUUCAUACCAACAGCAAAGCCUUUACUGCCAAGACUUCCUGUGUGCGGCGCCGCUACCGUGAGUUCGUGUGGCUGAGAAAGCAGCUACAGAGAAAUGCUGGUUUGGUGCCUGUUCCUGAACUUCCUGGGAAGUCAACCUUCUUCGGCACCUCAGAUGAGUUCAUUGAGAAGCGACGACAAGGUCUGCAGCACUUCCUUGAAAAGGUCCUGCAGAGUGUGGUUCUCCUAUCAGACAGCCAGUUGCACCUCUUCCUGCAAAGCCAGCUCUCGGUGCCUGAGAUAGAAGCCUGUGUCCAGGGCCGAAGUACCAUGACUGUGUCUGAUGCCAUUCUUCGAUAUGCUAUGUCAAACUGUGGCUGGGCCCAGGAAGAGAGGCAGAGCUCUUCUCACCUGGCUAAAGGAGAUCAGCCUAAGAGUUGCUGCUUUCUUCCAAGAUCGGGUAGGAGGAACUCUCCCUCACCGCCUCCCAGUGAAGAAAAGGACCAUUUAGAAGUGUGGGCUCCAGUUGUUGACUCUGAGGUUCCUUCCUUGGAAAGUCCCACUCUCCCACCCCUCUCCUCACCAUUAUGCUGUGAUUUUGGAAGACCCAAAGAGGGAACCUCCACUCUUCAGUCUGUGAGGAGGGCUGUGGGAGGAGACCAUGCUGUGCCUUUGGACUCUGGUCAGUUAGAAACAGUUUUGGAAAAGUGAGCUCUGGGUUCUGCUCUGAGAUGGUCAGAGAAGAUGCGGGCCAGGAGACUUACUCAGGUGGGACUGGGCACAGGGCAGGUAUGUGGGAGGCUGGGCUGCUUAGUGUUUUCUAGUCGCCUCUGCUUGGGCUGAUCGACAGAGGUCAGUUAUAACAGCCCCUUAUGCCUCUUCCAUGGGAACAAAUACUGUGCAGAUGUUUGUAAGUUAAGUAUAAGACCCAGGGGCUGUUGAUUUUGAACAGAACCCCAUAUUACUGUCCUGGGAGCUGAGUUUCUGCAGGUCAUUUGUAUGUAGGACCAGGAGUAUCUCCUCAGGUGACCCGUUUUGGGGACCUGUAUGUGGCAAAUUCUAAGCUGCCAUAUUGAACAUUGUCCCAAUGGGAGUGGUUAUGUUGUAUCCCCAUCUUGGCUGGCUUCAGUUUUUGCUGUAGCCCUAGAGCACUUUGUUUCUGGGAGGCUGGCCUCUUGCCUACCUCCUUGCAUGGACAGGGGGAUGAAUAUUUACUCUCCCACCUCCUUGCUUUUUCUUUCACUGAUACCACUGAAUGGAACUGGUGCUGUGACUCCUGCUGCUGGGGAUUUAUGUCCCGAGUCCUUAGCCUGGCUGAGUGGAGCCUGAGACCUGCACAACAGCUCAUGGUCAUGCAUGAGAGAGAAGUGGCUGGUCAAAGCCAGAGGGAACAGUAACAGCCCAGGGGCCUUUAUUUUGGGAAAGGCUGUCUGGGGCUGUCACUGUCUCUUCUGGUUAUAAAGCGGAGAUGUGGCUAUCUUUUCUGCAGGGUUAGAGUGGGCUCCUUUCUUUUUGGAAUCCUUUUCUUCUCCUUUGGUAACAGCUCCCUGCCUCCAGGGCUUCCGCCGCCAGCGUCUCUGCUAUGUUGCGCAGUGCAGUGGGGUGCAAGGGCUUUGUUUCUGCCUGCCUGAAAGAGAGGCCACUGGGGAUGGAGAUGAGGAACAACACACUCUCCUUCAGACAAUGAGGCAUUCUGUCCUCCUGCUGCCAUUCUUCAUCUCCAGUGAGAGCCAGAGCUGGUAGGAGCCGAAUGCCACAGGCAUUCUGCAUUGCUCUACUCUUAGGUUUGUGUGUGUGAUCCUUCCCCUCCCUGUCGCCCACUCCUCCCUCCUCUGGCUAUCCUACCCUGUCUGUGGGCUCUUUUACUACCAGCCUAUGCUGUGGGACUGUCAUGGCAUUUAGUUCAGAGUGGAGGGGCUUUGGCCUGAAAUAAAAUGCAAGUAUUUAAGA